UUUCUCAUUAAUUCUCUGCUUGGAAUUUGCAUUGAUUAUCAUGAAAUUCAUAAGCUUAAGCUUGUUAGCGAUCACAGCUUUCAUUGGAUUAAUCAGUCGCUGCACAUUGGCAAACCCAGAUGGAUUUCUAAGUAUUAAUUGUGGCACUUCAAAAAAUGAAACAAUCGGAAAGUUGGACUGGAUUACAGAUUCCUUGUUCAUAAAAUUCAGAAACACGUCCAUAAUGUCUCCAUUCAGUUCUAACAAUAGGGCCUUUCAAUAUCAGUCCGUGGCCUAUUUUACAAAUCUGGAAGCAAAUAAAUAUUGUUACUUACUGCCCGUGACGCCUCAUAAACAAUACCUGGUAAGGGCUAGGUUCUCUUUUGGAGGGUUUGAAAAUCUGCCUUUAGCAAGCAUCUUCGAUUUGUAUAUCGAGGGAAUCAAGUGGGCAAAAGUCGAUCUGACGAAUCGAUUUAAAAAUCUCAAUUACUAUUACGAUAUCAUCCUGGUCCCUAAAGGCGGUAGUCUGAGUUUAUGCCUGGCUAGAAAUUCAGAGACACAAGAAAAUUGCUAUGUUUUCAUUUCAACUAUUGAGUUGAGGCUGCUACAAUCUACAAUGUAUGAUACUUACACUGAUUUCAACUACAGCGCUUUAAAAUUAUUCUCUCGUAUACAUUUUGGGAGCUCUGAUGAGAUAAGGUUCCCCCAGGACCAGUAUGAUCGCCGGUGGCAACCUUUUCAGGUAUUGUCAACAAGAAAUAUCGGCACGAAUGCCUCCUCUUUUGGAAGCAUGAAAAACCAACCACCUGUAUCAGUAUUAAAGACUGCUAUUUCAUCGCUUGUAGGGGAAGAGGUGUUCGUUUCGAACUGGCAUCUUCUUAACCAGGGCAUUUAUUAUUUUGCUCUUUACUUGUGCAACAUCAAUAAGACAAGUCUUUCAGGAAACAACACAUUUCAGGUCUGCAUUGGGAAUCUUCAAAUAGCAGAAAUAGACGUUCCUGAGUAUAUGUACUGUUUGUCACAAGAAAGUCGUGUAUAGCUUAGCACAACUGAGACUAUAAACAUAA